AUGAGGGGCUCAUCGUUCAAGGCGCAGUACAGGCUAGCUCCGCUACGUGCUGGUACACCUCCGCCGCCGGCCUACGAGCCUCUCUCUCCCAUCGUUGACCGCUCCCGCUAUCCUCGUAGCUCGCCCUCAGUGGCCUACAACCCGCCACUGCGCUCAGCGCCCCUACCUCGGUCAAACCCGCAGUACUCGCCCGCACUUGCAUCUCCCAUUGACGCUCUGGCAGAUGCUGCUGUCUCCUCGUUACAUGCAAGCCCAGCCUAUGUAGAAAGCUCACGACCACCCUCUUAUGGACCCGCCUCGCCGGCAACAGCUGUUCCCCCCCCACACGAGCGCUUGCCGAAGCGCCGGUACUUCGACGAUGCGCUUCAAGCGUACGAAGAGCGCCCCUCCAAGCGUGCGCGCUCCGAGUUCUUCCCUUCUCCUCGGCAAGGCCAGCAAUAUUCGAGACCUGCUACAAGCCACAUACCAGGAUGGUCAUACAACAUUGAACAAAUGAUGGACAACGGUGUGCGCAUGUAUCAGGACAAUGGCAUUGUCGCCCACCAUCCCGAGGAUAGCAGCUCCAAGAGGCUCUCGGACGCUCAGCUGCUUCUCGACUUCCAUCAUGCCGUGAGCGCUUCGCACGGGGGCACGGAACUGCAUGUGUCUACGUCAAAGAGGUGGAGCAUCCCUCAUCCGAACCGACCGGAACAACAUAACUCUCAGACUGCCGACCCGAUCAGUCAAUAUCUAGAACCCUCAUACCCCGAUGGCAAUCGCUUCGAUUAUAGCUCCCGGCCGAUGGACUGCCACUACACUGGCCCAGCGGAUCCGCACUCGAUCAGCACUGCUGACGCAAAUCCUGUUGCGCAAGCGGUACAAACGCACACCCCUCCUGAAGAAAUAUUCAUGACUUCCUUACCUCCCACAAUUCCUGACGUGAAUGCUGAAGAAGACAAGAAGUCAAAGAAACAUCAGGGAUGGCCCAAAGGCAAGCCACGAGGCCCUCGCCAAACAACCGCUGCAGGCAAGAGGAAGAAAUCAACGCUGAAACUCAAAAAUACCACAAACCCUGUCACGUCUAGACCUGUCGAUCAACUGCAUUCACCUCAAAGUUUGCCUGCAGAUAGAAAUGACGUCGGUCAAGUUGAAGAAGCGCCUCCUGUUUCGGAGCUUGGGCAGCCCUCAUGCGAUCUCGCGUCACACACUCGUCGCCAUUCCCUUUCAAUCAUGUUUGCGCCCAUACACUACAGCGCCAUAUCAUCUUCGGCCUUUCCACGCGCUCAAUCUGUUCCCUUAAAUACAGUCAUGACCAUCACACCUCUUGCAGACCAGGCUAGUUCAAGCACUGCACACACGCACAACAGCGCUUCUCAAAUGACGGUAUGCGCCGGUUGUAACUCAUCAGACUCCCAUACCGUGAUUGGAGAAGGGGAGCAAUGGAUCAGCUGUGAUGGGUGCAAAGGAUGGUUCCAUUUCGUUUGUGCCGGGUUCAAGAGUGAACGGGAAGUACGUGAUGUGGACAAAUUUUAUUGUGGCGCAUGCAGCCCGGAAUUCGGCAAGACGACCAAAGUCCGCAAGUCGGGGAGAGCGCACACCGCGGUGGAUUACGCUGGCCUUAAUGAAGGAAUCCUAAAGACCUCCGACGACAAUCCUGAGCAUCACUACAUCCAGGCCUUCAAGAAUGGUGGUUUGCAGUUUGACCAGGAAACGUUCGCGCGCCUUCCACCAGAAUUAGUGACAGCCGAGUACCUCGAAAAGACGAAUGGCUUCAAAGAACCAAUUGUCAUCCCAGAAACGCUUAAUCCCCGACCAAAAUUUCCCAACUCCUCAUCUCCCUCCUCAAACUCCAACAUAGUGCAACCCAGUGAGUCUAGUCAGGGGCUAUUCAGUUAUGAGAUGGCGUUAGACGACGGCCAGGAUAAGAUUGAUAUGGUCAUUCCCCAAGGUCUCACCGUUCGUCGAGUAGCUGAGCUUUAUGGCCCAUUAGAAAAGGUCGAUGUCAUCGAUGUGAAGUCGCAGGAAGGUGAGGACAAGAGAUGGAACAUGGCGAAAUGGGCAGAUUAUUAUGAGCAGGAAGGUGAAAAACCUGUUCGAAACGUUAUCAGCCUGGAAGUAUCACAAAGCAAAUUGGGCAGGCUAAUCCGCCGCCCGAAGGCAGUCAGAGAUAUGGACCUCCAGGAUGAUGUAUGGCCAGAGGAGGACAAAGCCAACGCCCCCAAAGUGCAGUUCUAUUGCCUCAUGUCUGUGGCAGAUUGCUAUACGGAUUUCCACAUUGACUUUGGUGGCUCAUCCGUGUACUAUCACAUCAUCAAGGGCAAGAAGACUUUCUUCUUCAUUCCCCCCACCAAACAAAACCUGAAAAAGUACGAGGAUUGGUGCCUAUCACCAAAGCAGGGCCACGAAUUUCUCGGUCAACAGGUCAAGGAAUGCUACAAGGUCGAUCUCUCUGCAGGAGACACAAUGUUGAUCCCUUCGGGCUGGAUCCACGCCGUUUGGACUCCUGAGGACAGUCUCGUCAUUGGUGGCAACUUUCUCACUCGUAUCCACUAUGGCAUGCAGAUCCAAGUGGCCGAGAUAGAGAAGAACACUAAAGUGGCCAAGAAAUUCCGUUAUCCUUAUUUUCAGAAGGUCAUGUGGCUCGCAGUGAUCAAAUACCUGGAACAAGAUCCGCUGCCUCCAUCCAUCGAGGAAACCUUCUUGAGCGGAGGUAUGUUUCAACGUCCUACGCCAGUAUACUGUGAGCCCAAUAAGUUCGGUCACAAUUCUGAUCUGGGUCCGGCAAACUACAACAAGCGCUAUUACUCAAAGGCUGAGCUGGAUGGUGUUCCUCAACUUGCAAAGUAUAUCUGGAAGACCAUCAUGAUAUCACUUGGUAGAAUUGAAGGGAUAACGAAAGAAACGAAGAACGCGGUGACAAGGUCCAUCCCGAAAAGCCAUGGCGACCCAUUAGUGCUAGCUCGACGAUUUGCUAUGUGGGUGGCGUGGAAGAGAGGGAACGAACCUGUCCCUCAGUGGGGACAUCCGGACACUAUGCUCCCCGAAACUAUGGAUUCCAGAAGCGAGAAGAAACUGAGCGCCGCACAGCUCAAAAGGCUGGAACGAGACUCGUGGAGUGAGGCGAUCAAAGCAGCGAGAGAACGACCUCCUCGGGCGACAAGAGCGGCCGAAAUAGUUCCCCGGAACAUUGCUGAAAGUCCGCUUUCAAUUGCCCUAGGACCAAUGACCCCUGUCCCCAAACAACCACGUCCACAUAUCGAGCCUGCGAUGCAUUUGAGCACUCCGAAGACGUCUCAGCUCGGCCCGAAGCGUAUUGCUUGUGAUGCUUGUAGGAAACGAAGAAUACGGUGCAAGCACAAAGAUGAGCUUAUUGAAACAAGUCCCGGAUCAGGGUUUGGAAUUCCUCCAAACUCUGCUCUUCAUUCGCUUAGCGGAUCGUCUGGUAAUUUCCUGGGAUUUCCUCUGAAGCGACGUGUGAGUGAAGCUGAUACUUCCUUUGGGCCACUCCUGAACGCAACGGGUGCACCAGAGGGUAUGGCUACUGUGAAUGUGGCGGGAUAUCCCUCUGAUGGCAACGCAGACAAUCACGCCAUUAAAUCUGGUCGAGUCAAAGCAUGCCCUGAUUGCCGUAAGAGCAAGCGACGGUGCAUACACGACGAGAACGGCAACGUUGAUCCCAUCAAAGCUUCAGAGGCGCCGGUUCCUAGAGGCUCUGCGUCAAAAAAGCGACGCGUCAGUGAGGGAGAUACUAAUCCUGCCAGCAGAGAUUUGAAGAACGAACCUUUGGCUGAUUUCGAAAUGGGGGGUGGGGAAUGGAAUCCGGAGAACCUUAUCGAGACUCCCAGCCGUCCCAAGAGACUGGUCGAAACUAGUGAUAGAAUCAAUGUGUAUUCCUCCCAAAAGGUGGUAGAGUAUACAUCCAUUGAGGAUCCAAUGGAAUUAGACAACUCUACUUACCUAUCCGAAGCGGAUGGUGAUACAAUUACGGUGGCUGUAUCCACUCAUCUACCAGAUGGCAAUAGUGUCUUGUCCUCCAUCGAAGACACUUCCGAACAAUCUACGAAAGGUGUCGCGAUCACAGUACCAGAUGUCAGUCACAUCAACUGUGUCGAACCACAUACUCCAGGAUCCCCCGCGAACACUAUCCAGAACAUGCUCGAUGACAUUGGUCCCAGCCAGAGACCAAGCGUCUCACCUGCUUACAGCAAUAUAACUGUUCGUCCGCACAUCAGUGCUACUCCACAUCUGUCCUGGUCUACAAGAGGCAGCUCCGGUGGCCGGAAAACUAGUCAUACACCUCGCCCCUUGACGGCAGCGAGUACUACUCCGAAGUCCGCGGCAGCAAGCAGGGGACGGCAGGACAGCAAAGAAGGCUCGAUUAAGGGGGAGCGAAAGUCACAGGCGAUAUCACCCGGGGCCAAAGAUGAGGACCACGCAAGUUUAGCCCUUGCGUUGCAGCUCCAGAUGGAAGAGCACGGCUUGAGGAGACGAAGCAAGUGAAUAUCUUUACUCAAACACUAAGUGCUCGUGAAUCUAAGUUUCCUUUUGUUGGUUAAGUUCGCUAAAAGGGUUGCGAUAUCUCGGAGUUUCACAGUCACGGGGAUAGUCUGGGUCUGCGGCUAUUUUUUCAAUCAUGGAGAGGCGUUUAUGGUGGCAGAACAUCAGUCUCAAAGGGGGUAAAUCGCGCUUCUUAUACCCGCGGACAUAUCUCUGCAACUAGGUAUGCCCUGUAUUUCUGACUUUGAAUUUCCCGGUUUAGGUAGGAAGUUUCCUAUUUGACGGAUUUUACGAUCAACACAAGGUGUUGAGAAGGAGGAAAUAUGCGACGUUUCCCCAAGCUACACAAGUGUGUCGCUAGAAAUUUCCAUCCAGCGAAGUAUAUUAAAUUUAGUUCAAGGAUUUCAAACGUAGAUAUGGGUGGCGUACUGCCUCGGCGUUGAUGCACUGCAUCUUGCAAUUUGACAGGU